CAACUCACCUACUUUAAUGAUUAACAUCGUCGUCAAACAUUUCUCAUUUAAUUAGCUGUUAAGAGAUCUAAAUCUAAAAUUACUAAAUCAAACUGUACGUUGAGAUACCAUUUUUAGGGGAGAGAGUCGUAACAGUAAAUAAAAUAAAAGUGUAUUUAUUACUCCUUAAGUCCUAUGCUCUUCUGUUCUGAUGUGAUUCUUCUUUUGCAUGUACCUCAUAGAUUGAUUUUUAUAAACACACAAGAAAGAACCAUCACCAUGCCUUCGGAGUUAACUCAGGAAGAACGAUCCGCCCUCGCACAAUCCAUCGCCGAGUUCCACACUUACCAGCUCGGUCCAGGAAGCUGCUCCUCACUCCACGCGCAGCGAAUCCACGCGCCGCCGGAGAUCGUAUGGUCAGUCGUCCGUCAGUUCGACAAACCGCAGACCUACAAACACUUCAUCAAAUCCUGCUCCGUCGAGGAAGGAUUCGAGAUGCGUGUUGGAUGCACGCGCGACGUGAUCGUGAUCAGUGGAUUGCCGGCGAACACGUCGACGGAGAGGCUCGAUAUACUCGACGACGAGAGGCGAGUGACGGGGUUCAGCAUCAUCGGAGGAGAGCAUAGGCUGGUGAAUUACAAGUCGGUGACGACGGUGCACAGGUUCGAGAAGGAGAGACGGGUAUGGACGGUGGUGCUCGAGUCGUACGUCGUGGAUAUGCCGGAAGGGAACUCGGAAGACGAUACAAGAAUGUUCGCUGAUACUGUCGUUAAACUGAAUCUGCAGAGAUUGGCAACUGUCACCGAAGCCAUGGCUCGUAACGCCGCCGGUGAGGGAGGCAGUUCAAAGUGUCUAUCAGCCCCCGAGGAAGAUCUAGGGUUUCAGCUUCAAAGCCUACUCGGACAUAUCGGCGAUAACGCUGAGUAAAAGAGCGAGGCAAAGGAAAAAUGAAAAACUGGGAAGAGAGAGAGAGAAUCUCCUGCGUCAAGACACGAGAUCGAAAUCCGGAGCAAGGCGGAAAACUACUGAAUCAUUUUUACUGUCGAGUUUUCUGUGGAUAGAAAGUCUAUCUACUUUUUUCUUUUUCUACGUAUGUUUAGUGUUGUGUUUCAAAAGUUGUACUCGAGUGAAAUAAGGUUC